GGCGCCCGGGCGGGAAUGGCGCCGCCCCGGCCCGUCCUGCACCGCGGUGCCAGCAUGGCGGCGCCCAGCGAGGGCCGUGCGGCUCGGGGCUACGCGCCCUUCCCGGGCCCCGACGGCGGCUCCUUCCCCUUCCCCGUCCCGCCCGGCGCGGCGGGGGAGCCACCCAAGAAGCCGUGCCGAGCCUGCACGGAUUUCAAGAGCUGGCUCCGCGAGCAGAAGAAGCAGGCGGCCCCGGGCAGCGCGGACGCGGCGGUCGCAGAGGAGAAGGAGCCCCCUCCAAACUGUCCCCUGGACAGCGAGCAGCUGGGCCGCAGCACCUGGGCCUUCCUGCACACCAUGGCUGCCUACUACCCCGACCGGCCCUCCGGGGCACAGCAGAAGGAGAUGAGGGACUUCAUCAACCUCUUCUCCAAGUUCUACCCCUGCGAGCACUGCGCAGAGGACCUGAGGGAGAGGUUACGGACAAACCAACCCGACACGAGCACCAGGAGAAACUUCUCCCAGUGGCUGUGUCUGCUCCACAACGAGGUGAACAGGAAGCUGGGGAAGGCGGAAUUCGACUGCUCCCGCGUGGAUGAGCGCUGGAGGGAUGGCUGGAAGGAUGGGAGCUGUGAUUAACCCGCAGGGAUUGCUCUGGGAGCCCAGCACAGCAGUGCAGUCCGUGUGGAGUUGCUGCAGGGACAGAGGGAGGCAAUAACCCUUUUGUGCGGGACUGAUUCAGAGCUGAACCAAUGCCAAAAGGAGAAUUGAAAAUCCUGUCCCAAUGAUAUUUUGAUAAGUAAUGGUACCUGAGGGCUUGAGGCUGCCAGAAACCUCUGAGACUGUGUCACUGCCAAGUUCAUUUCAUUAUGACAUUUCCUGAUUUUGGGGGCUUUGGCUUAUUUUUGUGGCUAGAAUUCAUUUUCCCUGAACACAGCGGUGUUCUCAACAGCUAUUGCCUGAUGUUUUAGAAAAUGCAUCUGAUUAAUUGUCACUUUCAUUUCUGUUGUUCUGAUAGAGAAAACUCAUGCUGGGUUUUGUGCCAAGUCUGUACCCCUGGAUUUCUCUUUCCAGCAUCUCCAGCAUUUGUUGUUACCCUUGCAUCCAGUUCCUUUGAUGGAAGUCCUCAGGGCAGGUACAUUUAAUUUAAACACUGAAAUGUGGAGCCCAGAUUUCUCAGUUUGGUCUUGUGUUUCAACUUACCAUGUCAGAGGACAAAACAGUCAAAAUCAUUUCAAGUUCUUCACGUAGGUGGUGACCUCAUCCCUCGCUGCACUCCUGGCUGGGAGAGGUUUGCACAAACCCUGACAAGAACAGGUGUUUUUUUUCCUUCCCUGCUUCCUGCUGAGGUUUUCUCGCCUGUUUUAUUGAGCUUCCUUAUGUCGUGCCCUACAGCACACCUGUGAACUUACCCUUGGGGAUUUUUGGCAAGUUUUAACUGGAAAGGUCAAGGGUGCUGCUGUGAUUAGAGCAGAGGCACCUCCUGUCUGAGCCUUUGGUCCUCACAGCGCUGUGUGGGGCUCCUUAGUGGUUAGAGAGCCAGGAGCACCUUUGGAAACACGUUUUAAUAUUUUGUGGCACAGCCAAGUCCUUUCAAGUCAGGUCUGUUAAAUGAAUGUGGGACUUUUAUGGACUAAUGAUUUCUGAGUAUUUUAUGUCGCAACAUUUCUAAACACAAACCCAAAUGAACUGAUAGCGAGGUACUACAUGAAGAGGGUGACUGCAGGUGUCACUCAGGCUGUUAGAAGUGCUCAGAAAAUUUCCCUGUCAGCAUGGUGAGGUUCUUAGAACAAAUAAACCCCAGCUCUUGGGUUUUGUCUUUUGGUAAUAAACUCAGCCCCCAAAACAAAGCCCAUUGGGAUCCACUAGAGGGGAGAGGACCAACAAAAGGGCUGCGCCCUCCCUUUUUGCAGGUAGGACCCAUCUGACUCAGUUCUGUCAGGACACUUUGAGCAGCUGGGGGUGUGGGCAGGCGUCUCCCUGUGGGUUUGGUUGUGCUAAAGCAGGAAUUCUGUGUUCUUCCAUUCCAAUCUGCCCUCCGCUGUUCUGUGUGACAAUGUCCUCGCCCACGGAGCAGAUGAUGAGAUUUCCCCCUCGUUUGUCUCAGUGUAAACGAGAGGGUUGGUGAAACAUCUGACCCAUCCUUUGUCACCUUCGUCUGCCAGGGGAGCAGGCUGGGGAGUUGCACUGCCCCGUGCCAGUCCUGGGAUGCGCUGGCCCGGCUCAGGGGCCAGCAGGGGCACGGGAGCCUCCCAGCACACCUGUCCCCUCCCUGAGUGCAGAGAGGGAGGUGAGGGUGUACCCACACAUUCUGGUCACUGUGUCCCUCAGGGGGUGGUGGUGCAGUGCAGGAGGAGAAGCCUCUCCUGUCCUGGCAGGGCUUGGGAGGAGCCUUCAAGCUGAGUCUGUGUCUUUAGCAAAUCCUGCCUAAAAAUGAGGCCAGCAGCUGUGGCCAGGAUGCUUUUAGGGCACUUUCUCUCUUUACCAAGUGGCCGUCUGAUAAAAUCUGUGCUCACACUCCAUUCUCUCGUGGUGUUGGCUUGGCAGAAGAGCUCUGAUGUUGUUGUUUCUCAGGCACAUCCUCACCUCUGUGGACCUGACCACGUGAGCAUUGGGGGGAUUUGUUCUGCUGCUCAUUUGUACCACAAGUUUUAGUCUUGGGUAAGGAAUUUCCAUUGGAGGUCCUCAUACUUGUGUACAGAAAAUUGUGAAUUCUCUACUAACUGCACUUGAUUAAAUAUAAAAAUUUAAAAAAAUUUAAAUUUAAAAAUUUAAAAAUCUCUGUAUUCAAAUUGUAUUUCCUGUUGAUGUAAAAAUAAUAAAGCUACUGAGCUCA